CGUGACGCAGCAAACGACGGUGUGGGUGUCAAAAAAUACGGCGAGACGGGGACGGGGAUUGCCAAUUUAAACAAAGGACUUGAUUUUUAGCUAAAUUUAAUCGAUGAACGUUUGCCAUUUUUGUUUGCUGCUUAUGCAUUAGUGAAUUCAAGGCUCCAAAGGUUACUGGUCUAAGCGCAACGUAAUCUGGAACAGAGACCGGUAAAGAACGGGGUUGAAAUACGGAAUAAUGGAGGCAGGACAAGAGAAAGCAAGAUACUCACGAGCAGAUUUAUUGGCCCUGCGAUACGAGGGAAGCGCUCGGCAGCGUCCAAGCUGUUCCAACCAGACUGAGCUGCAAACUCUAGGUUUUUGGAAAAACGGAGUGCUUUCUGUUGGUAGUGGAAGCAGUGGCUGCGGUAUCAGCGGUGGUACUUAUGGAAAUAGUUGUUUGUCACCAGAAACGGAUAAUUCAAGCCUAAGUAGCUCUAACAAUGGACUAAACAGCUCGCGACGAGCACUGCGGAAUCGUGAACGUGCGAAUACCUAUUAUCAACGCUUUGCCCCCAAUGAUUCUCAAUUGGGGUGCGAUGAUAGGGAAAGGGAUAGGGACAGAGAAAGAGACAGAGAUAGAGAAAGGGAAAGGGAUACACAGUCAGCUAAUAACAUUACAACUAUAUCUUUCAAGUCGUCCAGUAUUGAUCAUAGAAGCAUUUCCUCAUCGCAUUUAAUGCCGGCAUUUGCCAAACGUCGAUUCGCAGCAGCUGCAGAGAGCAGCGAACUGACAUCUAACAAUGCCAAUUCUGACGACUAUAUAAGCGGAGUGGAGCGAAAUGUUACUCCGACUCUAUUGAAUAAGGAAUCAAAGCGAAAUUCACUUGUUUCACCUGUUCCGAAAGGCAGCGGUGGCUGUGACCAUGAACAUUCUUUAGCAUCCUCGCCAACAUACUCUUCAGCGCGCCACGAGCGUCGUAUUGGCAGUGGUCGACUCUUGCCUCGGAACGAUAAUUGGGAGUUUAAAAAACAGGAGACUGACACGGACUCCGCCGUGGUAGAAAGGGAGAAGGACAGGGAGAGACCUCAUAAUGGAAGCAUGUUACAAAGUUCGAAUCAACAGAAUCAGCGCACAUAUAGUGGCAGGCAAAAUGACCGCGAAUUUGGUGGGGAUCGUGAUCAACGUCGUUCCCAAUACGAAGGUAAAAGGCCACUUGAUAGACCAACUGGUGUAGGGAAUACUACUGGCUCCGGUGCAGUCGGAGGAUUAAGCGGUCGGCGAAUUUCAAAUAAAGACAAAUUCAGUUUCAAUGACGUAGGUCGUGGAAAACGCGGCUCCUCAUACCACCAAAUGCAAGACAGACAUCACAAAGAGCCAGAAUGGUUUAGUGCCGGUCCCACAUCCCAAUUGGAAACUAUUGAUUUGCACGGGUUUGACGAUUUGGAAAACAGUAAUGAGUCGCGGACGUCCGAAUCCAAAAAAGACCGAGCUUGCAAUGCACUGCCGGUAGAUACCGAUAAGCAAAUUGAUCAUGAAACUAUGUCAAAAAAUAGUAGCAGUGUUAGCCUAAAUUUAUUGGAAACAAAAACGGGUGACGAUGUAAAAGAUGUCGACAUGAACACCCUAGAAGCCGUAAAUUUUAGACUGAGUCAAAAAGAGUCAGAUCAGUUGAUAAAACUGCAACAUGCAUCAAAUCCAGAAGUUGAAUUUAACUUCGAUGCUUUUCUUAAUAUGGAUCCAUUGGAUAAUUCGUUAAUUGGCAAUGAUGCUGAUAUGCCCGGCGCGGAGAUCAGCGGAUUUGGAAAAUCUCGCUUCUCACGUUGGUUUGGACCGAAUGAAUCUACAAAAAACAACAAUGAAGAAUCCCCAAAAAGACGAGAAGCGAAUACACCGGAUAUACAUGGUAUUCCUAGUGUUAAAGACUUGGAAGCACAAAUGACUAAAGUUGACCUGAACACUGCAAUGGCUAUGCCGCCGCAGGCUGUAUCGGAUGUAGAAAAGCCUGUCACUCGGGACACCGAAGCUUUUAAAAAACUUUUACAGCAGUUGGGCGCCCAAAACAUGCAGCAGGGCCACGAGCAAGAAGCUGCCACUGAUUUGUUUCAAAUGAUGAGAGGUCCGAAUGCCAUUCCUCAGAAUGCCCAUCAAUUAAAUCAUCCUCAUCUAAUGGAUGGUCAACAAAACUUUGCGGUGCGUACGGACGUGGAAGUUCAGCCGUUUCUCCAGCAGCAGCAUCAGCAGCAGCGCUUGAAGCUAUUGGAAAACCUUCCGCCGCAUCGAAUUGUUGAGUCACUUGCACCUCAACAACCCAACUCAGUGCAUGGGCCAACACCAAACAUACAUGUGCAAACACAAAAACGAAUGGAAAUUCAGCACUUGAUUCAGAGUAUUUUCCGUGGAGAUAUUUCUUUGGAGUUUUUAGAAAAAGAACUGAGCAAUCCUAAUACUACGGCUCACACAAAGGAUGUAAUUGCAGCUGUUUUUCGUGAAUGUUCAAAUGCCAGAAGGAAUUCUAUGCCACCAAAACAAACAUAUCAGAAUGAUGUGAUCGGUGGUCAUUCAAAUUUAAAUGCGGGACUUCCACCCUAUCAUCAAACGUUGGGCCCCAACAUUUCGGAAGAGCUAUUUACGCCCAACCUACCUUCAAACCCGAACAUGAAUCAUCACAUUCGGCAUAGUAAUUCACCGACGCCUUUGGCUUUUACACCGACGUCUGUAUUAAGAAAGAUGACAGCGGAUAAGGAUACGCCACCACUGCAUAAUAGUCCUGGCAAUCAACAGCAACAGAAGCAUCAACAGUAUCAUCAAUAUCAAUCGCAGGUUACCAAACCCAUUGCAUCGCACCAUAUGCUAAUGGAAUCACAGCAGAUGCCGGCGAUCAACUUACAGCCUCGCAUGAUAUUAGGCGGCGGAGGCACUUAUGCCCCUAAUCCCAAUAGUCCACUAGUUUCUCCAAAACUGCUUCCUCACCCCCGAAAUCAACAACAAACACAACCACAGCAAUUAAAAUGGCCUACUGGUAAUAUUCAAGCUCCGCAUACUAUAAAGUCAUUUGGGCGGCCUAUUUUAAAGGGAACUUUGAAUUCUGCACCGGUCCAACAAGCCGCACAGCCAGUGCCGGGCUUUGCAUCUAAAAUUGAGUUACAAAGACUCUCGGAAGGAAUCUCCCAAAUACAGCAGCACCACCAAUUUGUGCAACAGGCCCAGUCGCGUCAAUCUGCCAGACAGCCAAGGCAACUGUCACACAUGGAUUUGCAUCGUCAACACAACCAACCCGGACAUACUGACAGUUCCGAAUGUGUGAAUGUAAUACAGAACAAUGGUCUUGGUGCCAUAAACUACCACAGAGAUGACCGAUUAUCAUCCACUACAAAUCAAUUGGCUCAAUGGUUCUCACCAGAACUUCUUGCCAAAGCAUCGGCUGGAAAGUUGCCGCUUUUGAAUAUGAACCAAGCACUAAGCUUGGAAGAAUUCGAACGAAGAAUUCAACAUUCCUCGGCCACUGUGCACAAUUAAUUUCAUGCUUUAACUCAUUCUUCAGAUACUAAAUUAAAAACAAAAAAACGAAGGAAAUUAAAAGUCUUGCUACUUAUUACAAUAAUUUUCGCCAAAAACAUGCGGACACUUGUAUGUAGUCUGAGAACUCAUCAAGAUCAUGUUUAGCGCCACUAUGGUAGUUAAAUUAAAACAUUUGAACUCAAAUUAUCAAAAAAUUGUAGUUGACUAUAUUGUAAAAAAAAGUCCUAUUUUAUUGUAAAUAAUAAAGUAUUUAGUAAGCCA